AUGUCUUCUUUCUCCCUACCUUCAUCCUACAAUGAAGAAACAAUUGUCACCCAAAUUACUACUAUUUACAACCUACUUCUCAAGCUGAGCUACUUCUCCUCUGAUCACAUUACCUUUCCUCCAGAAGGUGGCCACAGCAUCAACGAAGAGCUAUGCCAUUCGCUCCAUAUCGCCCCGCAGGUAAUCUCCCUCAUGAAAAAGAUCCCCUAUGUGGUGGAUGGCUACCAUAAGCCGAUCAUGUGGCAAUCUCGGGCCUUCGAAUACUUGCUUGAUGAAGAGAUCCGAAAUGGCCGCGACCCUGAAUUAACAGGCGUCGCCGAUGACGACGAGUUAAGGUUGGACUUUUUGCGACCGUGGGAGGUUGCGCUGACUUGUUGGUUGGAUGAUGGGAUUUCAGUUAUUUUGGAUACCAAGUCAAAUACUAUUCGACUCAUUGAUGAGUCUGAACCGCCGGAAGAUGACUUCAGGGAAGAAACUGAGGCACACAAUGCUCCCACCUACCUCCAGAAAGUCAUCGAUGAUAUCCGUAAUUUAGAGGUGGUAUAUUCCACAGGUGGAGAUAUUGGCUAUCUUCACUUGCCUGGGUCGUGGGAGCAGAUCGAAGUGAAGCGGAUUCUGACAGAGAAUUUCGGUUGGGGGGCGGAGUUCCGGGAGGAGGAUUGGCGGCGAGAGGGAGAGGAGAUUUGUAAAGCGAUCGGGGAGGAGGGCCUGGAUAGGGGGGAGGAGAAGGCAGAGAGAUUUUACACCGGUGUAAAUACCUGGUGA